UACUGAAGGGACGUGGCAAAAGCGUUCUACACAACACCCGCCCGCUCAAAAGUCUCUCUCUCUUCCCCCGGAAAAUUCUCGGAGAAAACAUCAAGCACAUAGAACAGCUGCAGAGAAUCGCAAAAAAAAAAUGUCGAUUAUUGCGUGCGAUACUUACUAUGAAGAUACCCCAACACUCGAUGAAGUGAAGAAUGAAAUAUCUGGUAUUGUGGGGUUGAGAGAGAUAAAGGAUCAGUUGGCGGCGAUUGUGGAGAAGAUAAUUGCUGCGGAGAAGGACGCUGCUAAUGGAUUUAGGGUUGUGCCCCCAAAACCCUUUCAUAUGGUGUUCUUAGGGAAUAAUGGAACUGGCAAGUCAACGGUAGCUAGAAUUCUCGGUAAACUGUUUUACUUGGCUGGAGUUUUAUCUUCUUACACUGUGACUGAAAUGCAAGGGAAUCGAAAGAUAAAAGAUGCAGAAGGGGGUGUGCUCCUCGUAAACAUAGACGAUGAAGAGCCUGUCAACUCGAAAACAAUAGAGGAAAUCAUAGAUGUAAUGGAUAAACGCGAAUCUUCAGUUAUACUUGCUGGAAGUUACAAGGGUUUAAAUCAAUACAUAAAGUUCAACCACGAGCUGUACGGAAGAUUCUCAGCAAGAUUACAAUUUGACGACUUGAACUGCGAAGACCUCGCUAUUAUUCUUCAGAACAAGGCAAGUCAUAAAGGGGAUCACGAUUUGUUGUGCGGCUUUGAUUUGGAUGCUUCGUUCGGAACCGUCGAUAUCGCACGGAUGAUUGCCCAUUAUACCCCUGCAAAUCUACGGUCCAUGAUGAAUGCACAUGUUCUCGAUCAAAUGCUGAUCGAGGCGAAGAAAGUGGCAAGCGACAGGCCAGGUGAAAAGACAAUUUCUUUGAGUGACUUGAGAUUAGGUAUACAGAAUGGGGCACAAAUCUAUACUAAGUUACUGAACUUAUAAUAUAUAUAUAUAUAUAUAUAUAUAUUAUUUCUAAUCUGGAAAUUGGUUAUGGAAAUCCAUUGUUGUUAAAUCCAUACAGUUUUAUUCAAUGAUUCAUGGUGAGUUUUCAUUGGAUGUAGAUUGAUAACUUAGGACGGUUAUGGUUUGUUUUUAUGCUUGCUACACUCGAUAUUGUUAUCGGGUUAUAUAUAUAUAUAUAUAUAUAUUCUAUUCGUGUAUACAUAUAUAUUAUAUUAACAUGUAUAUAGUAAUUGUUUGUAAAUUA